GGGAAUGAAGGGAGGGUGAUGGAGGUCUACGGCCCGCUGAGGGACCUAUGACGCAGAUAAUAUUAUUGUAUAAGUAACGUGAACUGUGUCUGAAGGUUGGAUGAACCACAGCUUCCUCUUCUGCAUCCAUACCUGUGUUUGUUAAUAAAGAAACUGAUUUAGGUUUAAAACAUAUCAGAAAUGAAGCUGUUCAUUAUUUUAAUGUUGUCAGUCGGGAUUGGAGAUACAUACCCAUCAGGCCGUUUUCAGUACUACUUGAAAGAUGAACCUACUGCAGCAUUGCGAGACCUCAGGGGAACCGUCGUCCGCUCCACUGCCGGACAUCGGUCUCCCAAACUCUCAGCACACAUGUACAUGGGUGUAAGCAAUCCAGUGUUAGGCACAGGUCCUCACCAGAGCAAAUGGUGGUGGUCUCCAGAAAGACCUUACACUAAGAGGAGGCAAAAUCUGGCCUACUACAAUCUCAACUCAUUCGGCCUUCGCUAUGGAAAGAGAGAACAGAACAUGCUUGGAGAAUUUAAUCAGAAGAUAUCUGUAAAGUGAUACAUGUCUCUGUUUAGGAAUGUAUAGGGUUGAUUCUUUAAGGAUUUACAUAAUAUAGACAUGUCCUUUUAUGUAUUGUACUUUAUGUACUUACUAUUAAAUUGAUACAGUAGGAUUUUAAAUUUUUUUGUAAACUGUAAUAAUAAUAAUAAAAAUGGAAUG